AUGCCAUCAACAGAUGAAAACUUUAUCAAGCUGUGCUACUGGUGUAGACUGGGGGAUGUAGACAACGUUGAUAGAUUAAUUUCAAAAGGUGUGAAUCUAAAUGAUAUUGAUGAAUUUAACAACUCUCCGCUAUUCCUUGCUAGCUUGUGUGGUCACGAAGAACUGGUCAAAUUACUUUUGAAUCGAGGUGCUAUCUGCGAUAGAGAUCGACACGAAGGUGCUCGGUGCAUUUACGGAGCCCUUACUGACUCGAUCAGAAACAUUUUACUGAAAUAUAGCAUUUCCAAGGCAGUCGACUUGAAGCAACCAUUUGCGUCACAUUUGUCCUCCCAGCUGACAAACUCAGGCCUUAAAAGUCAUGAUUUGGUUUUACAUUUUUCUGACGGCAAGUGCAUUCAACUCCACAGAUUUCUACUGGCCGCUAGAAGUGAGUACUUUGCUGCUAAACUUCACGGGGCUUGGGCAGAGUGCAGCAAUAUUAUAAUGCCAAACGAUAUGUCCUCGCAGGCUUUUGGAAUCAUUGCCAAGUUUAUCUACCUGGUGCCAGUCUUGCAUAGCAUUACUGAUGAAGACAGCGUCUCGCUAAAACGAAUUUGCGAAGAGGCAGAGUUAACUAGUCUUGCAGAUUAUUUGCGUGACACAGCUGGCAUUUCGGAUCAGAUUUCCAAAUCAACAAUAUUAACUAGCUAUCAGUACCGUCUCACUGAGGAAGCAAGACAACAUAUGGCAAUGAUAACGAAAGAUAUCAUCAACCUCAAAAGACCAGCAAAUUUCGUAGAAGGUAUUCCUACGCGUAUUUUACACGACAUGAAAUCAUGUUCUAUUAUACCAGACAUAUUUCUUUUAGUGAAACCCUAUGACGAUCCUGAUCGUGGAUAUAUCUACCCUUGCCACAGGUCAAUCCUCGUUAGGUCAGAUUACUUUAGGGUCAUGUUUUCGUCACAAUUUGGGGAGGCCUCAUCCUAUCGGCACACGCCCGAAGGCAUAAUCGAUAGAUCGUAUGAUCUUCCCAUUGUCUCUCUACCGACCUCUAGCAUUGAAGUUGCUAAUCUGAUCUUGUCGUAUCUUUAUUUUGACGAGACAGAGGUCCCUUGGAAGCUAGCAUUUGAUGUUCUCGCCACUGCCGAUGCCCUGUUGAUUGAACGGCUCAAAACAAUGGCAGCAGUUGCCAUAACGCAGGAGCCAACAUUUUUUGAUCUCUAUUCGGUCUUUGACGUGCUUACUGUCGCUUGGCAGUUCAGAGUCAGACGCUUAGAGCUCUAUGCCGCAAAAGUCAUAGCAAAUAAUAUCGAUCGCUAUGCACAUCAAUCGGAAUUCAGAGAAGCUAUUCUACAGAGCUGCAGCAGACUGAAAGAUAGAGAAGAAACUGACACAAUUGAGCUGAUAGAUGAUAUAAGAUUUUACAUCCAAGAUAAUUACAAAGUUGACCAAGAUGAGUUGGACGACUUAGAUUGGAAUAAGAGGGACGGGGGAAAGUCUGAACCGCGAAGAGAAUUGAUUUCGUACUUCGAAGACCAUCAGAAACUAGAGAAUUUAUUAAACGAGAUGGGAUUAAAUGCUUAA